AUGCUUCCUUUGUCGUUGCUGAACGCGGCCCAAGGUCUGCCGCUCAUGCUGGAGCUAAAAUCCCGCGAGACCAUUAAUGGAUACAUGCUGGCAUGUGACACGUUUAUGAACCUCACUCUGCGGGACGUCGUGUGCACUUCUGCGGACGGCAAAGAGUUUAAAAAGAUGGACGAGAUGUUUGUGAGAGGCACUGGUAUCAGAUAUGUCCGGGUGCCGGAGAAUCUGCUUGAUCAGAUUGUUGAUGAGCGGGCCGUGAAGCGUGAAGAGCGCCGCCGCAAAGCUGGCCAGUAA